AAAGCCCAAAAUGGCAAAAUGACCAUUUAAACUCCUUUACCCAGCAUUGUCUGACGGGACCGGAAAAGGAAGACCCAAGCUCCCCUGCUGCGCCGGAGAAGACCGUCCGCGAUUCCAACAACGCCGGAGAAGGACCUGCGCGUGCCGGAGGAGGAGAUCAGGUUGAAUGGUGAUAUAGAUAUGAUGUUAUGUGGAGUGUAGACUGAUAGGGAGAGACCUCAUUUGUCGGGAAACAAGAAUAUUACUCUAUAGAUCAAGAGUUAGCUGUAUGGGCUUCUCCCCACUGGCAAGAAAGUCAUGUUGCUAUUAUACUUCCACGAUUCUAAAAGGAUCAAAGGUUUGUGGAAGGAGUAAAAUCAUUGUUGGAUUGUAUCGUCAAAAUUUUUGCGGUGUUUCUUCAGCUUUAUUAUUGGAAGAUCAUGAUUAUCGUUUGAAUGGAAAAUACAUGUGUAAAUAUGAACCAUUUCUUCCAACUAUUCCUAGGAAGAGAAUGCAUAUGUGCUACUCACCAAAAUUAUGCUCAGUUGUUGUGACAGUGUACAAAUCACUGAGGUGGGAGACAGCUAGACAAAUUAGAUUCGGCAUAGCAACAGAAAUGUAUGGUCUUUUCCAAUCAAUCAAUGCCUUUAUGAUGUGUGUUCAUAUCUUUGCAUGUGUUGGAAUGCAUAUGGAAGUGUAUGCAAUGCUUAAAGAUAUUGUUCUCAAUUUCCCAAAGGGCGAGUUUGAUUUGGUUAAGAUAUUUCCACUUUUGUUGGCUUCACCCAACGAUUCAAAAGUAUCCGCUUUGGUGGUUGAUGUUCUGAUCAAGGUAUUUGCUGCGAAUAAAAUGUUUGAAGAUGGUGUUUAUGCAUAUUUCAAGGGUAGAAAACUUGGGUUUAGAUUAAGUAAUUUCUCAUGCAAUUUCUUACUGAAAUGUUUGGCCGAAGCAAGAAGGAAGGAACUUCUACAAACAUUGUUUGAAGAGAUGAAGAGAUCUGGCCCAUCACCCAAUGUUUAUACAUAUACAAUUAUGGUGAACUUCUACUGCUGUAAGAACCAUGCUCAACAUAAGGUGGAUCUAGAAAGAGCCACUGAUAUUAUGAUGGAAAUGGCUAAGAGAGGGGUUAGUCCAUCUGUUGUAACACACAGCGUUUAUAUCCAUGGACUUUGUAGAACUGGUUGUGUUUACUUUGCUUUGGAUUACCUUCGAGACAUGAGGCAUAAAAAUGAAUUGCUAAAUUCGUAUUGCUAUAAUGCUGUUAUACAUGGAUUGUGUGCAAAAGGUGAACUAGUUGAGGCCACUAAUCUUUUUGAAGAAAUGAUGAGUAGUGGAGUUCCACCAGAUUUGUACAGCUAUAGCAUUUUGGUUGAUGGAUUUUCGAAACAGGGCAGCACUGAGAAAAGUCUUUCUUUAAUAAUGGAGAUGGAAGCUAUUAACAUAAAACCAUCCCUGGUUACUUACACUUCACUCUUGAAUGGUCUUUGCAGAAGUGCACAAAUGGAAAUCUCACUUGAUUUGUUUUAUCAGAUAGAGGAAUAUGGCUAUAAGCAUGACCAGGUUGCUCACAAUAUCUUACUAAACGGGUUUUGCUUGCAUGGUGAUUUGUUCUACGCUCAUAAGUUCUUGGAGAAGAUGACCAAUAAUAGCCUGACUCCUAGUGCUUUAAAUUAUAACAACUUGAUUCAUUCUUUUUGCAAGAUUGGCUCCAUUGGUGAAGCCUUGGAGCUUCUCAGAGCUAUGAUAAAAGAAGGCCAUUACCCUGAUAUCUUUACCUUCAAUUACAUUAUUAAUGGCUUCUGUAGCAAAGGAAAUGCAGAGAAGGCACUAGAAUUAUUUCCUUUGAUGCUUAAGAUGGAUAUAUUGCCUGGGGUUGUGAACUAUGGCACACUUAUUAAUGGUUUUACUCAACAGUUCAAUAUUAAGAAGGCCUUGCAGGUGUACACAAGAAUGUUAAAAGUUGGGGUUACACCAGAUACAACUCUGUAUACAAUUCUCAUUACAAUGUUUUGCAGAAUGGGUGAAUUAAAUGACGCCUACAGACUUUUUAGGGAAAUAACCUUUCAGGGAUUGAGACCUGAUAAUGUCUCGUACACGUCUGUUAUAGCUGGAUUUUGUAGAGUUGGAGAUAUGAGCAGAGCAUUGAGAUUGUUUAAUGAAAUGGCACUUGGGGAAAUCUUGCCUUCUGUUGUUACUUAUACUUGUCUAAUAGAUGGAUACUGCAGGGUCAAUCGUAUAGAUAUGGCCAACAUGGUGCUAGAUGAAAUGAGAAGGAAGAACAUUCCUCCUGAUGUCGUGACAUAUACUAUCUUGAUCCGUGCAUACAAGAGACUUGGACAAGUGAAUAGGGCUUUGGAGCUGUUAGACCAAAUUAGGAAUGAAGGCAUCAAUUUGGAUGCUUUUGCAUUUAAAACUUUAUGUAAUGAUGACUGAUUUCUGAGAGGAAAAAAACGGUAAAAAAAGCUUUUCUUCCCAAGUUUGAAGAAGACCGUGUCAUCUAGUGUAGGGGAAUGCUUUGACCACCCAGGAGUGAUGGUUUGAUGGGAUGUAAAGCUACAUUACUGAACUCAUGGUGAAGCCUUCUAGUCAUGAAGUAUGCCUUUGACAAGAAAUAUUUUAUCAAAGUGCCUUGAACAUGUUGGCAAUGGGUAGGAGGAUACGUUGGUGUUUAACGACCCUUGGCUUCGAAGGCGACCUCCUCCUAUGUUCAGAAUGCCAAGCCCGUUGCAACACCCAACUUGGAGCUGGGACACUCCAAAUUGGAAGACAUUGCUGCUAGGGAAGACCCAAACCUUUUCUUAGUUCAGUC